CUCCAGAGGCAGGACGGCCUGAUGCAGCGCUCCAUCCGAGAGGUGAACACGUCGAGCCGCUGGUGUGUGUUGUGGGACCUGGACGAGGACACACACUACAGCGUCCAGGUGCAGUCCGUCGGGCCGCACGGGGACAGCCAACCCAGCCGCGCCGUCCACUUCAGGACUCUGGAGAGAACUGACCAUUAUCCAGUCGGAGUCCUGGACCACCAUGAACCAGCGAUGGAAGGUUUGGGAAUGACUCCGCACCUUCAGACAGGAGAGCUGCUCAUCAUCACCACGGUGCUGCUGCUGUGGGCAGCCGUCAUCGCCCUGUUCUGCCGACAGUAUGACAUCAUCAAAGACAACGACUCCAACAGCAGCAAAGACAAAGCCAAGCGGCCGCUGGUCCGCGCCACCUCCACCUACUACAACGCUUCGGCCGGCAGCUCGCCCGUCUACCACAACGGAGCCGUGCGCAGCAGCAGGCUGCACAGAGCCUCGUCCUCCAUCAGCAUCAUCAGAGUCUGAGGUGUGGAUGCUGCCGAGACUCGGGGCGAGUGCCGCUCGAGACGACGUGCCGUGUUAGCCGCAGGAAGCUCGGCGGGAUUAUCCGGAGAGACGGAGAAUUUCUGGGCCUGAGGGACGAGAGCGUGAGAUUCAAUGUAAAAUAUGAGGAGUGAGAAGCAGCUCAUGCAAAUCCAAUUCAAAUCAAGCGGAGGCGGCCCACUGUGGAGGAAGUGGAGGACCGCUGCCCUCCAGUGGCGGAGGACGGCAGCAUCAUGGGAACAGCAGGAGUUUGGCUUUGCCAGUCGAAUAUUUUCAGCUAAUUCUCCGAUAAUGUUUUUCUUCAUAAGACUUAACGUGAACAUUUGGCAGCAUGUCGCCCACGAUCACCUCAGAGUUACCCUCCAUACACUGUGUGUGUGUGUGUGUGUGUGAGACCAUUGUUACUCUGUGAUUUCUAUUUCUAAUUCAUUCUCAAUAGUACUAACAUCACAGUCUGUAUUAUAUGUAAGUAGAAUCUGUACAUACAAGUAAUUUAAUAGUCAUUUCAACAAACAGUUGAAUGUUGAAGGUUGAAGGUACGAACAAACGAACAAAACCGAAAUUGGCUCAAUUGAAUUUCAUAUCAUGAUGUCGAAAGGCUGUAAUCAUGAAAUUAUAGCCAAUCAUCAUCAGUUAAUUAAUUGAAUGUAAUUACUCUAGAAAUUGACUGGAGUUGAUCUCAUCAUGCAAUAAACUCCACACCAGAGUCAUUUGUGGAAUCUAAUUUAAAAUCCAGUGAUUUCCUAACAUAUCCGAAGGUAGAUUUGAUAUUUUUGGACGGAAAUAUUAUAAUAAAUGUAGAUAUUCAAAAGACUAAAUUUAUUUCUUGCGAAUUUAAAAAGAAAUUGCAGUUUUCUGAAGGACGACAACCUGUAGCUUUGUUUUGUUUUGUACACUCAGGGUUAUUUCAGUCUUUUGUCUGUGGAACACUUUCAGUCAAAUCCCUUUUCACUGUGUCUCUGAGGGGAUCAAGGAUUUUCUUUGUGCGUGUAUUCUCCUGUUUCAAUAAACUCACCAGACCGUUAUGGUGGUAUUACAGUAACAACAUGUACAUAUACACACUGUGCUGAAACCUGCACACACUCUACACAUAAUACUAUAGUAGUAAUUCAUUAGAAAUAGUGAGUCACGUGUUAUAGAUACCACCAUUUGUGUCAGUGUUGAAAGUCUCAUGUCUCAUGUGUUGUUCAUCUGUAACUGAGUGUUUAACAUGUGUGACAGUACGUGUAGUGGACAGCAGAUGGCGCCAGAACUGUGAGAGACGAUGGACAGAAGACAGAUGUGUGUACAUGUGCAAUGAAAUCAGAUUUCUGUAGAACUGAAUUCAUCAAAUGCAGAUUUUUGUUCUGAAUAUUUACUCUUUGAAUGUACUGCAUUGUACUGCAUUGUACUGCAUUGUACUGCAUUGUACUACAUUACGUCUGUUUUAUAAAGUUAGCUCCAGAGUGAAUGGGAACAGAUCUUUGGACCCUUAAUCUGUGAUUACAUGUGAACUUAUAGUUGAACAAAUAUCGUUUGUUUGCAAAUUAGAAUGAAAAGUGUAUUUAGUGAACAUUGAUCACCAGGUGUAUCGGCUCACUGUGAGAACCAGGUUUUGUCUGCAGACGGAGAUGGUCAGUAAUUCUGUGUCGGCAUUCAGCCCCGGUGAAGGUGAGCAGCAGCUUUGGGGUGUUCGGGGUCAGAGGUCAAGAUCGAGUAUCUUUCUCCUGUAUAUUCUUUCUUUUUGGCCUUCGCUUGCUUCCUUUCAGUAGAAAAACAAAAAGCAAGUAAAGGGACCUAGAUCCAGCGGUGAGGUAAAGGGCAGGUCACCGUAAAUACCACAGCUCGCCCCGGGCUCGUUGUCUGGGGGGGAUACCGAAGGAGGGAGAGAGGCUGAGCACCAGCGGAGAAGAUGGAUCGAGUGCCGUCGAAGGAAUCUCUGAUGUUGUGCCAUCAGACUUUCUCUGAAGGAAACCGAGGAUCUAAAUGUGAGUCAAUGAGAUUUUAAUCGGACAGAUAGAACAGCGCUCCUUGUGCGUGGCGCCAAGUCGUCAUCUCUCCCAUGCUCCAUGCCGAGCAGGUCUGGACAGCAGAAUGUUAUUGGCUCAAAUCCAUAUUGAAUCAUCUCUGUUUUCUUUUGUGACCAUGUCAAACUUCAGUGAAACAGACAGAACCCAGGUGCGUUCUGUUCGGCUCCGUGCU